UGCUGUAAGAACCCAGGGCACACCAACUUCAUUCCCGUACCCGAAUUCGGUAAACAUUACCUCCCCUCGGGGUGUCAAGACGAAGAGCUCAAGGAGUUCAUUUUGUCGGUGGCCGCGCUGACCACCCUCAUCACGGUUGAUUACGUCAGCGCAAACCGGCCCUUGACCUUGACCUGCUCACAGACGACUCCUUAUCCGUUCUCCAGUAAAAGAGGUGGCCAAGCCACGCGGACAGGAAGUGGAAUGGUUUGGGAGGUUAAAAAGAUCACCGGAAAGGACUCCGAGGAGCUGGGAAGCUGUCCGUGCGUGGAAUGUCGCCGGUCUCCUGAACCUGUUAAAGAAUGGGGGUUGGUUCAAGUCCUCACGGCCCCACAUGUCGUGUUCGAUGCUAAAGAAAUCGUGGACGCCCGAUUCUAUGUUUGUCAAGACGACGAUAGUAAUAAGACGACAGGGGGCGCUCUGGUCGGAAUCGAAUCUAUUUAUAACUUUGUUGACAACGACGCAAUUCUCAUCAAAUGCGCCACUCACGACCUCAACCUGGUUGAUAAACUUGAAACCUUGUGGCACAGAUACUUCAAGUUGUACAUGAAUGUUUCUGAGAGAUUCAAGGGUCCUCAAAACGACAAACUGUGUGUAGUUGUGUCCCACCCCCACGGGUUCAUCAAACACGUCAGCGUUGGCACCUGGUCUAAGAGCGAGGGAGCAGGAGGUUUAAUGCCAGAUACAAGGUACACAUACGACACCCCCACAUGCCCCGGCUCCAGUGGUUCCCCAGUUUUUGUAAUGGGA